AUGUAUCCUGCGUUUUACAUAAUCCCGCUCGCCCUCGGUGCUUUUCAGUUGGUUAAUCACGCCCAACUAGCACAAAAGCGUGGCCAUACGAGUGGGUUGUUACGGUGGCCACAGGUAGUAGUGACGACGACAGCGCUUAUUCGAAUGGCUUCCACCGAAGAACGCACCUAUCCGACCACCUUGGAAGGAUUCGGGUACGGAUUCAAUGAAGAUGGAAAAUUGCGUCAGCUUGAUAAGGAAACGGGAAAGCUUACCGAUCGUGUCUUUGACUAUCAGGUGUACACAUCCUUAAAGGAGAACCAGGUGCACUAUGAAGCGUUGGGUGAGGUAAUCACGGAGUACGUUUAUCACCGGCUGGAAGAGAAAGAAGGCAUGAAGAAACUUUACGUUCCGGAUGAUGUGCCACCCGAACAGGCUACGUUCAUCUUUAGCACCAAGGAAAAGUUGGAUAAACCGAAGAAGCUGCUAGUGUUGAUACACGGCAGCGGUGUUGUCCGUGCAGGACAAUGGGCGCGCAGUUUAAUCAUCAACGAUGGACUCGAUACCGGUACGCAGAUCCCGUACAUCAACAAAGGUCGCGAGCUAGGCUAUGAGGUGCUACUGCUGAACACGAACGAUAACUAUCGCACGGUGAAAGGGACAAGACAGUCGAUCCGUGGUAGUAGCAAUCCGACCGAACAUGCCAUAACCGUGCUGGAGAAAUACAUUCUCACUAGCAAACCCCAAUCGGUAGCAAUAGUGGCCCACAGUUAUGGUGGUGUGGUAACGGUUGAGCUGGCACAACGCUAUCCGGAGUUUUUCCGGGACAAAGUAUUCGCCGUAGGUUUCACCGACAGUGUUCAUGCUGGUUCGCUCGUGCCGGAGGUGCUGAAGAAGAUUGGUCGCAAUUGGGUGACGGCAAAGGAUCCACUCGAUACCCCGCUGACAAUCACAAAGAAGGAUAUUCCCCGACACUCUGCAGGCCACACCAAACAUGAAAUGACAUCGUACAGUUGCAUGAGUGCCCUUUUCGAGUUUCUCGAGAGUCGCUACGCGGAGUUUCGGGGCGCGACCGAACCAUUGAUGAAGAAGGUGAAGGGCGACGAGCUAUGA